UCACGCGAGAACUUCUUCAACGAAUUUCAAAUGGAAGGAAUAUCAGAAGAAAACAAUGAGAUUUAUAUAGAACUGACUCCAGAAAACUUAUCUCGAGCCUUGAAAACUGCGCAGAAUGCCAGAGCCUUGAAAGUCAAGCUGACUAAUCAGCAUUUCCCCUGCCUGAUGAUCUCUGUAGAAUUGUUGUCUAUUUCAAGCAGCAGUCGCACUGUGGCACAUGACAUCCCCAUAAAAGUUAUUCCUAGAAAGCUGUGGAAGGAUUUACAAGAACCUACAGUUCCAGAAUCUGAUGUUAGUAUUUACUUACUGGUGCUGAAGACUAUAAAGAGUGUUGUGGAAAAAAUGAAAAAUAUUAGCAAUCACCUUAUCAUUGAAGCAAACCUAAAUGGAGAAUUGAACUUGAAAAUAGAAACUGAAUUAGUGUGUGUUACAACUCAUUUUAAAGAUCUUGGAAGCCCUCCCUUAGGUUCUGAAAGUCCUUCUCAAAGUAGAAACCUGGAAGAAAUGGCUGAAGUAUGCAUAGAUAUUAGGAAGUUCCUACAGUUCCUUGCUGGACAACAAGUAAAUCCUACAAAGGCCUUGUGCAAUAUUGUGAAUAACCGGGUUGUUCGUUUUGAUUUGCUUCAUGAAGAUGUGUCCCUUCCGUGGUUCCAGCAUUGUCUUAACACCAACCUCGGGCCCCAAAGACCCUUGUGA